AUGUCGAUUGUACCGGAGGAAAGGAGGAUAUUACUAGAGAGAUUGAAUCUGAAGACGUCGACAAGUGACAUUGAACGAUUUUUUACGAGAUGGGGUCCACUUUCCGAAUGCAUUGUCAUGUUUGACAAGAAUACGAGGCGUUCUCGAGGAUACGGAUUUAUUUGCUUUGUUUGGGAUCAUCACUGUGAACAAUGCCUUGAAGCGCAACCACAUUCAAUAGAUGGUGUACAAAUUGAAAUGCGCCCAAUCAAAGGCGUAUCUUCAAAUCCGAUUGUCAAGUAUGUCAAUACACGAAAAAUUCUAGUGUCAUUCCUUGGUGCAGGACUUAUAGUCGAUGAAGUCGAAGAAUAUUUUUCAAGAUUUGGUGCAGCUCAAUUCGAUUAUGCAGUGGAUACACUAAAUGAGAAGCCGUUAUAUUUUGCGUAUGUUACAUUUGACGAAAUUGAAUCGUGUAAUAGCUGUAUAAAUAUCGGAGAGCAUUGCGUCAGUGGUUACCCUGUCUUCAUUCGAAAAGUGAUUAGACGAGAAGAUCUCAAAAAAGCGGAACAAAUGGAACGUGUUCGAGCAGUUUGUGAAGCGCGAAUUCAGGAAGAACUUCAAGAAGAAGCAGGAAGAAAAAGACGUCAUUUGGAUCGAAAGUUGCGUGAAAAUUAUGCUACUGAAUUAGCUUUGCUACGUCCGCCUCCACCGCCACCACCUUCUGCUGUAUCAUUAGGAGUAAUUGCUGAAGAUCCCACGCCAUCAAGCUCCAGUUGGGUGCCUCUUUUACCUAAUGAGCAAUUCCAGGAAGAUAGUGCUUCACACCUUGCUGGCUAUGGACCACAGCAUCAGAAGCACAAGCAGUAUAGUGCGUUUGCAGGUUCACAUCUUUCGAGGCAUCCUGUAGGAACUGGAGCAUCACAAUGGAUUCCACUGCCGCACGGUAAUAUAACUGUACCUUCCGAUGUUGUCGGGCGUUAUUCUACACCGGGCGAACCGUUCAAUAGUCGAUCUUGA